AUGGCGAUCAAAAGAAGUCCCUCUUCCGCUUCUGCUACCAUAUUCGAGUUUCCAAGUAAUGGCUCCAAAAGGGGAUCUUCUUUUCUCGAGGAUUCUUUCACUUCUAAGCCAGAUUGGUCUCAGCUUCACUCUGAACUUCUGGAACUCAUACUUUCAAAGUUAUCUUUAGUCCAAAUCAUCCGCUUCAAGGCCGUUUGUUCUUCUUGGCGUUCCAUUGCAGAAUCCUACGUCUCUUCUUCGUGUUAUGCUCCGUUCCCUCAAACGCCAUGGCUGUUGCUCCCUCCCAACCAAGAAGAUGAUACUGAUAGUCGUUGCUUCUUUAGUCUCGAGGACAAGAAGGUGUAUCAAAUCAAGAAUAUGGGGAACCAGUUUGGUUGUGAUGUUUGGCGUGUUGGGUCGUCUCAUGGGUGGCUGUUGGUUUUGGAUGAUGAAGCAAAUCCUUUCCUCUUUAAUCCCUUUUCUCAAGUUCGAAUUCGACUGCCUACGUUGGAGAUUUUCAUGUUUGAAGUUAACAGAUCUUAUUUUAUCCAGGAGCUGCGGAAGUUUUUUAUUACCAAAGCUGUCUUGUUGUCGGAUCCAUCCCGUGACAAAAACUAUGGUGUUUUAGUAAUUUUUGGUUAUCGUUCAAGGCUUGCUUUCUGUGCAAAAACAGGUUCAUGUUGGACAGUUCUUAAUGGUGCAUCUCAGGGCUACAGCGAUAUCAUAUGCAGUAAUGAUAUUGUCUAUGCAUUAACCUUGGAUAAUUCCAUUGAAGUUUGGGAUUUUCAUGCUUGUUUGCCAAGAAAGAGAAGGGAAAUCCACCCUUUAAUCCCAAAAAAUAUGGUGGAAGCCACAGAAUCUUUCAGAGGUUCACAUUCUAGCCAGAGUUACUUGGUGGAAUCAUCCGGCGAUCUUUUGCUGGUAAUGAGGUAUGUGGGGAAUUUUGUUAAUCAAGAAGGUGAGCCUGUUGAUGAGACAUAUCUUCUUAGCGAUGAAGACACUCAGCCAUUAGUAUGCCCAUAUCAGACAUUGAUGUUUCAUGUUUACAAGCUGGAUUACAAUGAACAGAAAUGGGUGGAAGUAGACAAUUUGAAGAAUGAGGCGCUGUUUCUUGGAGGUAACCAUUCAAUGUCGCUGUCAGCUCAAGAAUUUUCAGGAUUUGAAAGGAACUGUAUUUACUUUACAGAUGAUAAUUGGAACCUGAUGAAUGGAGAUUACUUGUAUGGAGGCCAUGAUUUUGGCAAGUUCAGCCUGGAAGAUAAGACUGUGAAGCCAUUUUAUGCUUGUGAUUUAGGGAGGAUUGAUCCACCACCGUUUUGGAUAAUUCCAAAUCCAUGGUGA